UCGUCGUAAGAGCUGUCACUGACUGGAAAACGCCAUCCACCAUGCUAGCAUCAAACCCUCACGCUGAAGUCAAUCUCCGUCGACUUCUGGCCAAGUUCGAAUCCAACUUGGCAACUUUCCAAAGUGACGGCGACUCCUCCGACAAGGGCCCGUUUGUGCUGGCCAAAUACCAAGCAAAUAUAUCGCAUCUGCACCGCCUGUUGCGCACGAUUGAGACUGACUCUGCAAGAAAAUGUCAGGAUUCAGUACUGUCCGAGUAUCGGCGUAGAGUGGAGCAGUUGGAAGAUGUAUUGGACCAAAGUCGACUGUUGUCAUCGGUGGAGAAGACUGUAUCAUCUAUACGAAAAUUAUCCUGCCUGCCUGAUUCAGACCCUGAUGCUGCGGAGCGAGUCAAAGCUGCUGAUCGUAUUCUGACAUUGCAGAGAAUGGCGGAGGAGGAUUUAAGAGCGGAGUUAUUGGAGUCAACACGUGAAGCGAGCGGGAGGGUAUCGAUUCUGGGGAAUGAGCAACAGACGCUGGAUGAGGCCAGGGAAGAGCUCCUGUCCACUCCUCAACGCGACCUUCGUAAACGAAAUCAUAAAUCGCAUAGCGCAUCUCCCGCUUCAGCUUUGGACACACCAGAAGACCUGACCUUACUCUUAGACCACGACAAAAAACUGCAAGAGCAGAUGGCGGAAGAUAUGGCCCACAUGGCUGCUCAAUUGAAGCUAAAUAGUCUGGCACUGAGGGAUGGAUUGAAGAAAGAGUCCAAGGUUUUGGACGAAGCACAUCAUCAUCUCUCGACAAACGUGUUCCGACUACAAAGAGAAGGGCUUCGACUGGGGACGCUCAAUAUCACAGCCAGAUCUACCACUUGGAUGGUGUGGCUGACGGUAUUGUUCGUGUGUAUCGCAUUUGUCUUUACCUUUGUGGUCAUGAGGCUCUUCAAACCGCGGGUAGAGAGUCCAGUUGUGGUUGCGCCAAAAGGUCCACAUGUGGGUGAGGACGAUGGGUGGUUGUGGUAGACAAGCCACGAGUGAAGGGGAUGUACAUAUGAUUUUUUCUUUAGGAUAUUAGGAUGAGUUUUAUUAGCCGUCCCGGGCAGGAUAAUUGUAGAUUGCACAGCAUUUGGUAAAUAGAACUUUUUAAAAGCUAAAAGCGGAUUAACUAAACUAUCGAAC